GAGUACCUAAUUUUGACAUUUCCGCCGGUCGCAGCUGUCAAAAUUCUUUCUUUUCGUUGUUGUUACGACGGUAGUUUGGUCCAGCACAACCAACCAAGAUGAAAUUGAACAAGUUUGUGUCGUCGUCGCGCAGGAAGAACCGCAAGCGUCACUUCCAGGCUCCCUCACACAUCCGCCGUCGCCUGAUGUCCGCCCCCCUCUCGAAGGAGCUGCGUCAGAAGUACAAUGUGCGCUCUAUGCCCAUUCGCCGUGACGACGAGGUUCAGGUGAUCCGUGGCCACAACAAGGGCAGCCAGGUGGGCAAGGUGGUGCAGGCGUACCGCAAGAAGUUCGUCGUCUACAUUGAGAAGAUCCAGCGUGAGAAUGCCAACGGCACCAACGUCUAUGUUGGCAUUCAUCCCAGCAAAGUGCUGAUUGUUAAGCUGAAGCUCGACAAGGAUCGCAAGGCCAUUUUGGAGCGUCGCAGCAAGGGACGUUUGGCUGCAUUGGGCAAGGACAAGGGCAAAUACACCGAGGAGACUGCCGCUCAGCCCAUGGAGACAGCGUAAAUCUCCCAAGCACCCCAACAACAACAGUUACAUGUGCAGCAGCAGCAGCAGCAAAAGCAACAAUAACAUCCAAUGCCAACGCCACUGUUUACAGUUUUUACCGUAACGCUUAGUGUCAAUGAGAAAACGAAAUUGUGUGAAGUGUGAGAAAAUGCCGAAAUUCUUUAACAAUAAAGAAGAGUUGAAUUUUCCCAAUAUUUGUAAAUUACAAA